AUGUCAUCUACGACAAUGGAGCAACCUACAUCGACUCAAGCAACGGUGUCAUUCCCAGUACCGCAUCCUUCAUCACCAUCUCCAACAACCACAACAACAACGACGACGACGACCAAUGAAACUCCUAAACCAUCCACUUCAGCACCUGCAGUCUUAUCUCCAAGAGUACCUUCCCCUUCAAACGUUCCGGUGAACGUGACGAUCAAUGGAAGUCCACAAGCACCAAGUACAAUGGCAAAAGGUCUCACUACCACUACGCCAAGUACAACGACAACGAAGACAGGUGAUAGUCUGCCUAAUUUGGGAGAUAUGGAUGCUAAAUGUGGGGGUUGUCAUGAAAUUAUAGAUCAAGAGAGUGGUGGUGUAGUGGUUGCUUUUGGGUCAUCACUAUGGCAUGUAGAUUGCUUCAAAUGCGCAAAGUGUAAGAACAAAGUGUCAGCAGACACCAACCUCCUUCUUUUAUCGGAUGGUAGUCCAGUGUGUGGAAACUGCUCGUAUCAGUGCUUUGUGUGUAAACAGGCCAUCACAGAAGAAGCUAUAAUGACCGGUGACGAAUCGUAUCACGCUCACUGUUUCACUUGUAGAACAUGCAAGAGACGUAUAGAGGAAUUGGUAUUUGCGAAGACUAGUCAAGGAAUAUAUUGCAUGGCCUGUCAUAAUGAGCGAGUAGCGCGAAGUCGACGUCAUGCAGAACACAAAAGACAGAAACAAGCUCGAAAGGAAGAAAGAGAGCGUGAAAGAAGAGAAAAGGAUAAAGAGAGUAGCAACGAGAAGGAGAGGAAAAGAGAAGAAGAAUCUGUACAUCAACGUGGAGCGUCUUCACCUGUCCCAGUACCUGCUGGAAAUUUCCUUCAAUCAACUCCUGGUAUACCGUCAUCUGUUUCGCUUGCUGCAACUGCAAACUCCCCUCUCGCUUCACCAUCAGCUACUCCAAACUCAUUCAACUCUGGUAAAUUUGAUACGCCCUAUCACGGCAGUGGAACACCUAAUCCUGGAGAUGCAUUCGAGGAUGCAUCUGAAAGAGACUCUUCGAGAGAAAGAGAGAAGAGAAGGGAUUUAAGUGUGGAUAAAACAUUUCAACGAUCGACAUCGCCAGCCGAUCGAAGAAUUGCAGAUGCGGAAAAUAUGCCUUUACCUACUUCUCCAUCAGAUCCUAAUCGCGGAGUAUCACACAGUAGAUCUGUUGACUCGGAUCAUAAUACACAAGGCCGUCCUCAUCUUGGACAUGCACCCAGUCCUUCUCUGGGCUCAUCAAGAUCUCUGAAUACAUCUUCUCCUGUUCCCGUGGCUGGUCCAUCAGGUCGACAGCAGCAACAGCAUCAGCAGCAGCAGCAGCAGCAGCAAAAUGUCGGACUAGGCGUUGGAUUAGUUGGCUUGAAUGUGCCCACGAGUAAAGCGGAAAGGAGAAGAUCAAUCAAUCCAGCAAUGACUUUCAACAUGGAUAGUCAAAACUCAACUUUCAACGUUGAGCCUAGAAUGUCACCCCUACCGCCUUCUCCACUACGUGCAUCGUUCACUGAUCUGCAAGCGGAACAACAGCAACAACAACAAUUACAGCAACCUCUCAGGUCACCAACAACACCUUCACCUUCACCGGGAAAUGACAUGUUCCCUUUCAAAGAUAGACAAAUGAACGCUAAUGGAGGGAGAUCAACACCUGAUCAGAACUCUGGACCACCACCGAGAACAAGUUCGUUACCUGAUCAACUCUCAACCGGUAGAUCGCGACCUCUGACUACAAUCGAGGAUGACGAUUCUGAAGAUAUCGAUACAUCUACUUCCGGCAUGCCUACUAGACAAACCUCGAAUAAUCAGCUAUCCGAGGGUGCCCUCUCUACACCCAGGUUGAACGCACCGAAUUUACCACCAAUGUCGUUCUCAAUAUCUGAUCCUGAUUUCGCUGUGAUCCUCAACAACAUCGAUCAGUCGCCUAAAAAGACCAACGACUUAUCGUCAAACGCGAAUAAAUCGGGAGAAUCGAUAAUCACUGUGAAACCUGAAGGACAAGAUGGAGAUAGUGAACCAUCAUCGCCUCUAUCAUUGGAGGGAACAUCACCCGCAUUAGCGAGAUCACCUCACAUGGAUAUGUUAUCUUCGGCAGCCGACCAUGCAAGUCUUGCUUCGAACUCAAAUGAACUGGCACCGUCUAGAUCACCUUCGAGAUCCAGAUUAUCGCCAAAUGAUCAAGCUCAGACUCCUCAAAUGUUGAGAAUCAGACAACCUUCUGCCGAGAGUACAAUGUCGGUAAACUCGAGAUAUGCUGGUGAUGGAUCUUUCUCUACCUUGGUGGAAUUAGUGGCUGCAGCCAAGCACAAAGAAGAGGAUAAGCUAGAAGUGGACCUCUCAGUAUUGAGUGGAGUUAUACAGGAAAUCGAAGAUUUGAGAGAUACUAUAACUGGUUUGAAGAGCAAGUACACUGGUGCCAAGCGUACUAGUCAGCAGUAUUCUGAAGGAUUGACCGUUGCAGGAGAGGAGUAUGAUAAAGAAUUGGCCCAUCGAAGAGAACUUGAAGCUGAAGUCUCGAGACUUCGUGCUCAAGUUCAUUCCCAGACUGCCCGAUUGAGUGUCAUCUCAGGAGACGAAAGAAGAGCGGAAAACAUGAGAAGAAGGAGUAACGAUCUUGCGAAUAGUUUGACUGGAUUAGAAAGGGACAUCUCUAGACUAAGAGCUCAGAGAGAUAUGUCUUUGGCUGAAGUGGAGGAACUGAAUGCUAGACGUGUCAGCACCGAUUCAUCAAACGGUGAUGAUGCGGCUUCUUCUCUUAGUCGAUCACUCACGAAUCGACUCGAUACUAUCAAGGAGCAAUAUCGAGAAGAACUCGAGCCUCUGACAGCUCAACGGGAGGCUCUUCAACGUGAAAUUGCUGAAUUACGAGAAACUAAGGAAUCGUUCUUAGAGGAAUCAGCAGCAUUGGCCGCGAAGAAUGAAGAGCUUGCAGAGCUUAACGCAUCGUUAUCAAGACAGGCUGAAGCUGUACAAGAUAAUUUAUCCAGAGUUAGACCGCCUACGAUAUUUAAUAAGAAUGGUAGAUCACAUCCAUCUGGUUCACCUUCUCUAUCAUCUUUAGCUACUUCAGCUACAUUACAAGAAGUACCAGAAGAGACUGCACGAGUAGUCAAAGUGACUAAACCUGAACCGAUUGAAGCUGCACCCGCAAGGAGGUUUAAAUGGUAUAAAUCAUCAAAAGGACCAGAUUCAUCAAAUAGACCUUCAACUGAAUUCGGUUUGAGAGAUCAUAAUUUCACUCAACAUUCUACGAUGAGAUUGACAAGAUGUGAAUUAUGCCAAGAAAAGAUGUGGGGUUUACAAGAAGUCAAAUGUGCUUCAUGCGGUAUAGUCUGUCAUUCCAAAUGCGCUGAAAAAUUGCCUCGAAGUUGUACCGGAAGCAGGACUGGUAAUUCUGAGUUGAGCGACGGUCCACUACCUCCAUCAAUGUUUGGUCGGGAUCUUAUCGAACAAACAACAGCGGAUAGGACUCCUAUACCUGGUAUCGUUAACAAAUGUAUCAGCGCUGUUGAGGCAGUUGGAAUGGAAUACGAAGGUAUCUAUCGAAAGACAGGAGGAUCAUCACAAUCCAAGCAGAUUACACAACUUUUCGAAAGAGGAGAUUACGAUGCCUUUGAUUUGACAGACUUGGAAACAUUCAACGAUAUCUCCAGUGUUACAUCGGUAUUGAAAACUUAUUUCAGAAGUUUACCUAAUCCAUUAUUGACACACGCUCUGCAUGAGAGUUUCGUGACUGCAGCUAGUAUUCGUGAUGCGAACAACAAACAUUCGGCGUUAUGUGCGUUACUCAACGAAUUGCCUAACGAACAUUACAACACAUUGAAAACGUUGAUGCUACACUUGAAUCGCGUUACUUCUAAAUCAAGUGUCAAUUUGAUGACUUCACAAAAUCUGGGUGUGGUGUUUGGACCUACACUAAUGAGGUCCGCUGACCCUAACAGAGAAUUCGGUGACAUGGCUGGCAAAGCAUUAAGUGUACAAUGGAUGGUCGAUAAUGCCCCUCAAGUGUUCUUCGAAAGGGAUUGA